UUAGAACGAGCCCAUCUUAACGAGGAAAGCUCACAUCUACAAAGAGGCGCUGACCCAUUUUGCUCUGCUGCCUGUGCUGUUCUGGCCAUAAAUCAAGAUCGGGGCUCCAACAAUGACCUGCUCCACUUUCCACUGCCGGGUCCACUCCUUCAGUCCACACCAGUUCACCAAUUCCGACACAUAUUCGCAUCAGUGGGUCUGGUCUCAAGACUAACUCAAGGGUAUCUUUAACGGUCUUUCUCUCAGUGUCUCUCCCACCCUUCUCCCCCUUUUUUGUGCAGCCCAUGAAAGGCUUUUUACUCCAAAUGAAGCACAGUCACCCCAACUACUUGGAGCCAAGCAAACACCAGAGGCCAGAUCCUGCGAGGGGAUUCACCUCCUCGCAAUUCUGUCUUCUGUCUUCACACAGAAACACACACACACAUUUUAGGAGGCUAUUGGAGAGCCACAAUGAAGCCUAAACUUUCAGUGGAGCGGAAUUUUAACAGUGUCUCCAUUUAUGGGAGAGUUGCUGGUGCUGAGCCUGGAUUCAAGCGUUUGGUUGGAUUUUACUUUUGAUCUCACAGUUGGAUAAAGUUUAAGGACAGGAUGAUGCUUGAGAUACAAAACACUGAGGAUGGUGGCAGUGGAGGUUGUGCCCUCGUGGACACGCUGGGCACUGAAGAGAUGGAGUGUAAGAUCUGCUACUGUGCCUACAACCUGGGGAGUCGAAGGCCAAAGGUGCUCGAGUGCUGCCACCGUCUCUGCGCCAAGUGUCUCAUUAAGAUCCUGGACUUGGGUGAGUCGCCUCCCAAUGCCUUGGUGUGUCCGUUCUGUCGCUAUCUCACCAGACUCCCGGGCGAGGCUGUGAGCAGCCUGCCUGAUGACUGCAACCUGGUGACAACACUGGCCCUCCAAAGUAGGAAUCAUAGAAACCUUCAGUUCCACCAGGAGGCAACUACUGAGCUACUCCUCAGCCCCACGCGCCUCAGCUCGCUAAUGAGUAGCAACUCACCUGUUAUAUCUCCUUCCUCCUCCGCGUCUUCCUCCACGCCCUACUCCACCAUCCGGAGCUCACCUAAUUUUGUUGUCAUCACUAUCAUGGAGCCUCCGCCAGCAUCUCUAUCCACCCAAGACCUCCAUCCCUACCAUCAGCAGACACAUGGCUCUUACUCAUCAAACCAGGACUACCGCUCAUCCAGUCUGGACUCUAUGGCAUCCAUCGCUCAGAGGUGGACGAUGUGGAACUGUGCAGCCCUCCUGUGCCAGACUUCAGCCCGGGCACUGGUAUGGGUCCUGGGGCUCUUGUAUUUUAGCUCCUUGCCAAUGGGGGUUUACCUGCUCAUAAUGCAGAGGACAACACUUGGGGUGCUUCUGGUGAGCCUGGUUCCUGCCAGCCUCAUCAUGAUCAUGGUCUAUGGGUUCUGCCAGUGUAUCUGCCAUGAAUUCUGGGACUGCUUACCACCAUAAUGAGACCAAAUGAAUUGGCCAUGCUUUGCUUUGAACAUGCUUGACAAUAGAUCUCCAGAAGCUCCUUCACUAAUGGGGAUGUUACUGUGUAACUAACCAUGUGAACAGUUACUUGAAUAGUGAAAAAAUAUUAUUUACAUUGCAGUUUGGAGCCUUUUCUUUAUUAUACAUGUUAAUUUCUGCAGUUUUUAGGUUGGUAGUUUGCUUAUUCAGCUCAAAAUAUGAGACAACUCAAACUAAAGCACUACUUCUGGAGGAAUCUGUUUAAUGUAAUGCAAAAUGAUGUUGUAGUUAGAAAUCUGAAGGAAGACUGUUCUCAUCUCCAGGGUCCCACACUGGUGUGGCUCAUUUACAUGCAAGGUGACGACUCUGUGCCCUGACAGACCUGGUUAGGUAUUAACCAGCCAGCUUAGUGGCUGUCCCUCACAAACAGAAGAACUUUGAACUGCAGGUGGAUGGAGCACUGUGGUCACAGUCAGAGCUGUGUGCCUGUGAUGGCCAUAUUAGGGACAUCCUGACAUCAUAUAGAGCCAAGAUUAGAAAACUGGCAGAAACCGAGCAUUUAGAUCAUUUAAAGCCUGAAAUGUUUGAUUCACUGGCAUUACUUGUGCAUAUAACACCAUUAUUUGAAACUUUGGAUAUGUUUAACAUAAUCAUCUACCUUUGUAACAGUUUAUAUCUGACA